GUAGACAUUUUGUCCGUUGGUACGGCUUGCCGGCGUCGAAAUAGGUAGCAGGGUUUGUGUUGUAUGUUUGUGCGAGGUUCAGUUUGUUAACAAGUCAAUAACGUAUCGUGCAGUGAAGUCUCGAUUUAUUACGUGAAAAUGUCCAUUGGUGUUCCUAUAAAAGUUCUGCACGAAGCAGAAGGUCAUAUUGUAACAUGUGAAACGAAUACUGGUGAAGUUUACCGAGGGAAGUUGAUUGAAGCGGAAGACAAUAUGAAUUGCCAGAUGACAAAUAUAACAGUAACAUACAGAGAUGGCAGAGUUGCCCAACUAGAAAAUGUCUACAUUAGAGGAUCAAAAAUUAGAUUUUUGAUAUUGCCAGAUAUGUUAAAGAACGCUCCGAUGUUUAAAAGACAAGGUAACAAAGGGACUGGAGGUGCUGGGAGAGGAAAAUCGGCGAUUUUGCGAGCUCAGGCUGCUCGUGGAAGAGGACGCGGGACACGUGGAAGGGGUGCAUCAUCAUGGGGUGGUGGUGGUUCUGGUGGAGGCGGUGGCUCAAGCGGCAGGCGAGAUAGACCAUGAGGCACUCGUAAUAACACAGGAGUGCCCUGGUAGAAACAUACCACAUGUGUUACAGCGGUCGUGGAACUUUCCGCAAUAUUGUGUCAUUAAAGUUGACUCUCUUUGUACGUUUCUAUUAGUCACUACUGUAACUGUUGCUUCAAUGUUUCUAUGCAUAGGUAUAGUGUUAAGCGUGUGUGUAUGUGUGUGUGUGUGUUUUCCAAUAUAAGGUAGUGAUUAAUUUGUGUAAUUCACUAUUCAGUGUGUGUUAAAGAGGGCACUGCCGUGAAAAAAAUGCGAAUCUUCCUUGUUUAUCUGUAUUCUGAUGACUUCCCUUAAGGGCUAUGUAUUUCACACAAUUACUUAAAAAUAAUUUUGUUUUGAGGUGUUCUAAUAUUUUUUUUUUUUUUUUUUUUUCGGUACAAAAGGAAAAACCACAAAGUUUAGUGACACUUGUACAUUUGAGUUGUGGAGGUCAGUUUUCAAUUAGUAGAAGUACUUGUAGCAGUUUUCAUUCAAUGACCCACUCUACACAAAUACAUUCUUAAAAUUUUGUAUCUAAAAUCAAUUUUGUGAUUUUACUGUGUGUGAUGAAUAUUAUGUAUGCCACACAUUAUGUCCAGUGUUAUACAUAAAAUGCUGUAACAUGAUUUUGGCCUGUUGCUUUUGUCUAUUCUGUAUACAGUUUGAUUUGCAGUAUCUGUAAUUAUUUAACUGCUGACAGUUUAUUGUGCCAGUGGUUGUCGCUCCUGUUGGUCUUAUGAAUUUAUCUUGCUGUUUUAAUUUGUAUGAUUAAAAUAUGUAAAAUAUAAAGUACAAACAUUGAA